AUGUUUAUAGAUGAAGAAGUGCAUCAGCAGAAAUUUUAUGCACUUGCAAAUCCACCUAAUUUAACCAACGAAAAACUCGAAUGUUUCAAAUGCAAAAGAGAAGUUAUUACUUGUCAGUAUGCAUACCAUCUGGCUGAAUGUAUGGGUAAUGAAAUGGAUAGAGUUUCAAGAUUCUCAUUGAGUGCUUCUUCAUGCAAUAAGGAUGAUAAACGUCAGAAUUUGUCGCGACAGAAUUUUGAUCGUCCUUUUACUGAAAUUAUUUCUAGUGAAUUAAAUGCUGCUUGUGCAAAAAUUCGUUCAUUUCCAGAGAACACAACUCAUAUAAGCGGCAUUUUAUCAAAGGCGCUCUUCGGGAGUUGUUUCCAGUAA